UUGGCGCGACAUGUUGAUUAACAUGUAGAAUCUGCUAAUAAAAAAGGCAAAUACUUGUUUGAAAUCAAAAUUGUGCUAAAAUGGCAAAAACAAAUAUUUCUGAUGGGACGGCAGUUCGUCCACGGGAGCCCAAGACUAACUAUUUUCAAAAAAUCUGGCAUUAUCGACAAUAUUUGGUGGUCGAACCGUUUUUCUUUUUCUAUGCCGCGGCAACCUAUUUGAAUCAAAUUGCAUUGCGGAAUUUUCCGCUUGAGAAGGCGUGUCACAUUAAUCUUGGCUAUAAUGCAGACACAUGCACUGCCAUGUUGGACAAAGAGUUGUUUAACAUCACAUGUCCGGAGGACUUAACGUUUGAAAAUACAACAUUGGGUCCAUCUCUUGAACAGAAAACGCUGGGAAUCAAAUCGUUAGGCUUCGAUUACACGGUUUGCAAAGCGGAAGUCGAGUCGCAGAUACUAAUCGCCGAUGUGUCAGGAAAGCGUGCGCCAAUAGCCGCUAUAUUCCCACUGAUUAUAUUGCUGUUCGCUGGAGGAUGGUCAGACAGAUACAACAAGCGUAAACCUUGCAUGAUAUUGCCCAUCGUUGGAGAAGGUUUAUCUUAUGCCGGUCUACUCAUUUCGGCAAUUUUCUAUGAUAUUCUUCCGAUGGAGUUUGGCGCAUAUAUUGAAGCUAUUGUGCCUGCACUUUUUGGUGGUCUCACCUUUUGUUUGAUGGCUCUUUACAGUUACAUCACUAUAGCAACGCCAGAGGAGGAUCGAGUCUUUCGCUUUGGCAUCUUUGCUAUGUUUGUGACCGCUUUGCCAUUCCUAAACGUUAUUAGUGGACCUCUCUAUAGGACUCUUGGCUAUAAAUUGUCCUUUGCAUCGGCUCUCGCUUUUCAAGUUAUUGCCAUACUCUACAUAAUUUUCUUCAUAAAGGAACUUAAGCCUAAGGAAGAAAAACCAACUACGGAAUCAAGUGGAGGUAAUUCACAAAUACAGAGUCAUGCAGCUGACAAUAUGGCAUAUGAGACAACAAACUUGGAUGAGUUGCCGGUUAACAAGAACGUUAACUUCAAGUUGACACCACAGUUGGAGCCACCUAAGGUUGAUCCACCGGCCGUACCGCAACCGCAACGACGCUCCCUGUUAAAGGAACUCUUCGAUCCAACGCUUCUGAUGGACUGCAUCCGGUUUCCACUAGUCAAACGAGAGAAUAAUGGUCGCAUGCUACUGAUUCUAUUGAUGUUGGCUUACUUUCUGACGGUUGGUCCUGCUGCAGGGGAAGGCGAAUAUUUUUAUACCUUCACCUUGAAGAAACUCAACUGGAAUGGUGACAAAAACGGCGUUUUCAAUGCAGUAUCUGGAGGCUUAGCUCUUAUAGGCACAUUCGUUGGCACUGCAAUUCUCAGUAAAAUGAUGAAAUUUCCUGAUUCAUUGAUUGGAAUGAUCUCCGCCCUCGUCAUCGUUAUAUCUCGCUUCAUAUAUGCCUAUUCGUACAACACCGCAACCUUUUAUCUUGCCACUGUGUUUGACAUGUUUGCCACCUUGCGUGUAAUUGCGAUCAAAACAAUUGGAUCCAGUAUUGUUGCUGGCGAUGAGCUGAGCAAAAUGUAUUCCAUUUUUGGCAUCAGCGAACCCAUUGGCCAGUUCAUAUUUCCGCCCAUCUACAGUGCGAUCUACCAAUCUACCGUCGACUCAUUUCCGGGCGCCUUCUUUCUCUUUGGCGAAAUCUUCUACAUACCUAAUGUGCUGGUCUUCAUUCUCUGUUAUUUUGUGGUACGUCGUCGAAAGGCUAAUGAUAGUUCCGUGGAGUUGGCACAAAACAACGAGCGAAAUGGACAGACGAAUUCCGGAACCGAGAUUACUAGUCUUUAAACUAUUUUUGUACAUACAUCAUUGCGGACGGCAGUCCGCGCUAGUGAUGAAAUAUACAAUACACUCAAUAUAUUUAACAUACAAAAGUACAUAGUCAAAGGCUGGCUUAGGCUAAGUGUAAAUUUGCUUCUAAGUAUAGAAUUUUACGAAGCCAGUUGACAGAUUUGAUUGCUUAUUUCUGUAAGACACGUUGAUACCGCUUGAAGCGCUGGGCAGAUGGAAUCACAAGAAUCACUAAUACAUAAAUGACCAGCUGACCUAAAAAGUGUACAUAGAUUUCAAUAGUUUAUUGUGCUCGACUAGAAGGUACGCUCUCACAGUUUUGAAAAAAAGAGUUACUUAUGAUUUUAAAUUAUAUUUAUCUUAUUGUGUCUAAUUUGUAUUAAAA